AUGUCUGGCUACUCCCUCGGAAGUAAGAGAGAGAAAGAAGAUGAUUUGGAGAUCAAAGUAAUAAAACUGAAGAAGCAAAAGAAAGAAUCUGAGAACAAGAUCAAGGAAGCUCCGCUUACUAGCAAGGAUGCAAGCAGUUCAGAUUCAGCAGAUAAAGAUUCUGAAGAAGUGGCUGCUAGUAGUGGCAAUAUAGAUGCAUCCACUCCUCCACAAAGCAGUGUUCAAACGAUUUACGUUGAAGGAUUCGGCACUUCGCUUCCGGAGGAUGAUAUCAAGACCGCAUUAAGUAAACAUUUCAGUGGCUGUGGAGAGACCACAAGAGUUUUUGUUCCAAUAAGCAUUGUAACCGGUGCUGUCAAAGGAUUUGCUUACAUUGAUCUAAAAGAAGACGCAAAAAAGGCGUUGGAACUUAAUGGUAGUGUUAUGAUAGGAAAGGAACUUGUAGUUAAGACGGCUCUACUGAUGAGAGAUUCCUCCCCUGGCUAUUUUGGUAGUGAUCGAGGUCUUGGCGAUCGUUUCAGCGGACGUUUCGGCAGGCUUGGCGGACUUUACGUAGGCGGCCGAUUUCGCGGUGGCCGUUGUGGAGGUCUUCGCCGGUGUAGGGUCUGUUGA